CUAUAUGGAAUGAAGUGAGGACACCUUCACUCAGCCAGUCAUCUUCCACUCCUCCUCUCUUUCCUCUUCUCUUCAUUAUUCCACUGGGUAUGUGAAGUGCAGCUCAGCCAAAACGCAGCCGUUUUCUUCAACAAUUGCCUGAUCGGAGAAGCCUUAGGCGGCCUUGGAUCGGUCACCGAUGGGCUGCUCGGAGUCGAAACUCGAUAACCUCCCAGCAGUCUCCUUGUGCUGCGACCGGUGCAAGUUCCUUGACCUUGCACUCCGCCACCUCCAUGCGCUCAACAAGGCCCACGUGGCUUACACACGCUCCCUUCACUCGUCAGGUACUGCCCUCCGCCUCUUCUUCGACCGGCACCUCGACUCCUCCAGCGCCGGCCGUCCGUUAACCAACAACCUCGAGUAUAAUAAAUCUCUGGCCCGGACGGCCGCUGUCGUUGCUACCGGCUCACCGUCCUCGUCCUCAUCCUCACGCUCGUCCAAUUCCCACAUCAAGUUCGACUCUGACUCCGAUACCGACGAAAAUCCCGGCCAAAGGCCACCGGAAUUCCAGCAGCAAACCAACAACUACAGCCAUGAAGACUACUACAACCCCGAAUCGCUGAACGUGUUCUUCGACAAGUUCACGUCGAUCAAAUACAUGAAGAGGCAGCCGACUCCGCCAGCAACGUACACCCGACCGGUCCACGACAACCACUAUGAGAUCGACCGGUUCUAUCACUCCGAUAAUCCCCCUCCUCCGCCUCCGCCACCGCCAGCGCCGAGGGUAUCCACCUGGGACUUCUUGAACUUUUUCGACCCGUACGAGAUGCCAUUUGGCAGCAUGAGGAGGGACGCAAGGGAAGUCCAGGUCCAAGCCAAGGAAGAGAAGAUUGCUGGCACCAGCGAAGCGAAACUUGCCAUCACCGACUGGAAUAGAGAGGAACGGAAUGCAGGGGAUGAUGACGAGGUGAGGAAGGAGAAGGAGAAGGAGAGGGAGAGGGAGAGGGAGAGAGAGAGAGAGAGGGAGAGAGAUGGUGACAUUGACAAUUAUAUCAAUGGAGGAAGGAAGGUAGUGAGGGAGGUGGAGGGUCUGUUUCAGAAGGCGGCGGAGGCGGGGGAUGAGGUUCUGAAGCUGUUAAACGAUGACGACAUCUGGGGUUCUGUUCGUUACUGUCGGGUCAACGGAGUCAACCCAGCAGCAGCUGCAAAAGCAGGAGAGGGAGAGACCACACCCUUUAUCGAGAAUCAUCGUGACCCGAGCCAGAGGAGGACGAUGAUGAAGAAGAAGAAAGAUUCAUCAGCGGCAGCAGCAGAGGUGGUAAUGGGGGGUGAUGGAGACGGGGGGAAUGCUGGGGGUGGGGGCUCCGCAGGGAAUCUGCCGUCGACAUUAAAGAAGCUAUGCAUGUGGGAGAAGAAGCUCCUCCGUGAAGUCAAGGCCGAGGAAAAACUGAGAGUGAUUUACUCGAGGAAGUGUCAGGAGCUAAAGCAACUGACCGAGAGGGGCGCCGAGGCUAGUAAGAUUGAGGCCACUAGAGCGAUGAUUGGGUCAUUAUCGACCAGAUUGAAUGUCUCACUGCACGUCAUUGACAAGAUCUCACUCAGGAUAAACAAGUUGAGCGAUGAAGAGCUACGCCCGCUGAUCAAUGAACUGAUUCGCUGUUUACUCGAGAUGUGGAAGAUUAUGCUGGAAUGCCACCGAGGACAGUUUCAAGCCGUUUCUGGGGCUAAAAAUCUUAACGGGGUCCACUUAGAACUCAACGACAAUGCUAGCAGUCUCGAAGUGAUCUUGCAGCUCAGGUGGGAGAUCCAGAGCUUGAACUUGAACUUCUCAAACUGGGUCAGCACCCAAGCUGGCUGUAUCGUAGCUCUGCACGGUUGGCUGAUGAGAUGCGUCGGGAGCGAACCGGAAGAAGUGGUUGAUGCUCCUCGUGUUUCCUUGAUCUUUAGCCGAUGGGCUCGGGCCCUAGGGCGGAUCAAGGAGAAGGAGGUGUUCGACGCGAUGCGGGAGUUCAGCGAGAACCUAAAUCAUCAAGUGACAGAGAGUCGGAACCUUAACCUGCAAGCCAAGCAAGUCCAAGACAAGGAGAUGGAGGGGAAGAUGACGAACUUUGAGAAGGAAGAUCAGAAGAUGCACAGGGCUAUCCAAGAAAGAGAGAAGAGGCUCAACAGCGCUCUCCGCCGUGGACGGUCAGUGCCUCGUAGGAGUGAGUUCGGGAGAAGAGCUCCAUUGCAGGAGAGCUUGAAGGGUAUCUUUGAGGCCAUGGAAAGGUUUGCCCUCCACUCCAUGGAAGCUUAUGAGGAACUUCUUGAAUGCACUAGAGGGUAGCCGAAAUUUCAAAAGGAAAAUAAUGGUGAGAUACACGUUAGACUAUAUAUCCUCUGAUCAUUCCGUAUCAGCGAAGAGUCAUGCACAUCGACGAUCAAAACAAACAAUGAUGUAUCCGCAAUAUCUAUUUUAAAAUCGAUUGAUAUUGAUUACCGAAAAAAAAAUCGAUCGAUGUCUAAUUAAUUGCACUCUACAAACUCAAUGCCUUUGCAAGCAUCAAGAAUGCAGCCAUUCAACUUUGACAAAA